AUGUAUGGGUUGGUGUUGGUCAAAUUAGUUGAUAGUGAUAUCUGGGAUUCUAUUGCAUCUUGCAUGAGGUUAAACCAACGUGGUUUCCUUCCUCUUGGUAUUUUGGAAAUAUUAUGGUGGAAUUGUCACCAUUUUGGAAUGUUUUGUAGUAUAUUAUUGAUAGAGGUUCCCGGGAAUUGUAAGGCUUUUGGCCAGGAUGUCGGUGGUCCUUGGAAGCUAAAAUUUGAGUUUAGUGCCGAUUGUAUGAUCUGCGCUAUAAAUGUUGAUUGUUGA